AUGCAUAUUAUUAAUACACAUACCAUAUAUUCGCUACGUUACCGACUCUUCGUUUUUCUGCUCCAGCGACGACGAGAGAUAGAGAAUCUGUGUGGCUCCGAAUCACCCUUUGCUCAGAGUUUAAUCGGAAAGUGGAAUAUGGCGGACGAGUACAAGGAUGCGUUGUUGGAGAAGCACAAGUAUCACGAGGGAUGUCCUGGAUGUAAAGUGGAGCAGAUGAAGCAGCUCCGGCGAGGAUAUCCUUAUCUUGAGCUUUCCUUCGUUUGGAUCAUCGUCCUCUCUACCUCUCUGCCAAUUUCCUCACUCUAUCCAUUUCUCUACUAUAUGAUUGAAGAUUUUGGUGUUGCAAAGACGGAGAAAGAUAUUGGGUUUUAUGCUGGAUUUGUGGGGUGCUCAUUUAUGCUUGGCAGAGCAUUGACGUCAGUGUUCUGGGGAAUUGUGGCUGACCGUUAUGGAAGAAAGCCCAUUAUACUCUUGGGAACUAUCUCAAUUGCCAUUUUCAAUGCUCUUUUUGGAUUAAGCGUAAACUUUUGGAUGGCGAUUGGCACGAGGUUUCUUCUUGGGAGUUUCAACUGUUUGCUUGGAACAAUGAAGGCAUAUGCGUCAGAGAUAUUUCGUGAUGAAUAUCAAGCUACCGCAAUGUCAGCUGUUAGUACUGCUUGGGGCAUUGGACUGAUCAUUGGCCCUGCUUUAGGUGGUUUCUUAGCGCAGCCGGCAGACAAAUAUCCAAAUGUGUUCUCCAAGGACUCCAUUUUUGGGAGAUUCCGGUAUGCGUUGCCUUGCUUCACAAUAUCAGCUUUUGCAUUGCUUGUGACAGUACUAUGCUGCUUCAUUCCGGAAACACUGCACAAUCAUAAGCUGGACAGCUCAUCACACGACGACUCAUACGAGGUACUUGAAGCUGCUUCAGGAAAAAGUGAAAGAAAUGCUUCUCAAGGGUCUCUCUUGAAGAAUUGGCCCCUAAUGUCAUCCAUCAUUGUGUAUUGUGUUCUUUGUCUGCAUGAUACUGCAUACUCUGAGAUAUUUGCACUAUGGGCUAACAGUCCAAGGAAAUAUGGAGGUCUGAGCUACUCAACCAAUGAUGUCGGUACAGUUCUUGCUAUCUCAGGUUUCGGCCUAUUCUCCUUUCAGGUUUUUGUUUACCCUUUCGCUGAGAAACUGCUGGGACCUGUGCUGGUCACCCGUUUUGCUGGGGCACUGAUGAUACCAAUACAGAUGAGUUAUCCAUUUAUUGCAAAUCUAUCAGGUCUCGGUCAAAGCUUGAUGUUGAACUGUGCAUCAAUCCUCGUAAAUGUGCUAAGUGUGUCUGCCAUAACCGGCUUGUUGAUUCUGCAAAAUAAAGCUGUGGAUCAGAGCCAGAGAGGGGCGGCUAAUGGAAUUGCUAUGACUGCCAUGUCACUCUUUAAGACCGUGGGACCCGCUGGAGCUGGCAUCUUAUUUUCUUGGAGCGAGAGGCGACUAAACGCCGCGUUUCUACCAGGAUCACAUAUGGUGUUCUUCGUCCUGAAUGUGAUAGUCGUGGUCGGAGUAGCUCUCACGUUCAAGCCAUUUCUAACCACGGCUCGUAGGUGA